GGCGAGCCGUCGCCUCGGCCCGUCACCCGCCGACACCCGACUCUUUCUCUUCCCCCCUCAUCACCAAAUGAACUACCGCGGCCACAUCCAGGUCAUCUUCGGCCCCAUGUUCUCGGGCAAGUCGACUGAGCUCCUUCGUCGGGUCAAGCGAUACACCAUUGCCAACAAGCGGGUGGCCCUCCUCAAGUACCACGCCGACGCACGGUACUCGGAGACAUCUGUGGCGACCCACGACAAGCAAACACUGGAGGCGUUCUCAUGCGAGCGUCUGGAAGAUGCCCGUGCAUAUGUCGCUGAUGCCCAGGUUGUGGCCAUCGACGAGGGUCAGUUUUUCCCGGACACGGUGGCGUUUGCGGAGGAGAUGGCCGAUGCGGGCAAGGUGGUGAUCGUGGCUGCGCUUGAUGGCACGUUCCAGCGCAAGGCGUUUGGAGAUAUCCUUGCGCUGGUGCCGCUUGCGGAGGAGGUGACCAAGCUCAACGCAGUGUGUAUGGUGUGCUACGGGCCCGGCUCAUUCUCGAAGCGGCUGGGGACCGAGACGGCGGUGGAGGUCAUCGGCGGCGCUGACAAGUACGUCGCCGUCUGCCGGCGGUGCUACAACCUGCCGGCAUCCAAGGUGUACGAGGAGGCUGCGGCUGAUGCCGAGGAGACCGCCGCGCAUGUCGUUGAUGAUCAGGCUGCGGCGCUCAAGAUCAUCUCCAUGGGCGCAGCUCCGCAGACCACAAUGUCGGUCGGCAUGUCGUCGGGCCGGGCACUGUAGGUCGACUCAUAACUACAACAAACAACGAGAUGAUCUUGCAAAGGGAUGCGUUGAUGGGAGUGCCUGUCUAUGUGCUGCUGCUGAGCCAGGCAUCGGUACAGUGCCCGGUAGCUGUGGGUGAGUAGAAAAAAAUGCUCUUCUAUGCCC